GGUUGUGCAACACUGUAAAGCGAUAAAAAGUAGUUUUUUCCAUUUAAUUUGAGGAUCACUUCAUAUCGAGAUCACGAUUGAGAUUAAACUUAACUUUCCCUGAAAUGCGCCUAAAAAUCAUAUUUACAGGUAAUAAGAUAUGAAAAUACACGUCAUAUGAAGGCAAAGACCUCUCGAUCCAGUGCAUUUGGAUGCCCUGAGGCGUGACUAGACCAUGAUCUUGAUUUCUGCCUGGCACGCCAGUCUUGAGGUGAGGAUCAAGGAGAAAAUUGCGGAAGAUCACCUGAAAACGCGCUCCUACAAGUUCAGGGUGAGCAGAAGAACCACACUUGGAACCACACGAGCGUCUAAAAUCCACAAAACAACAAUUCGAUGAAAUAUUUUACUUUUUUGAGGCUCUGUGCAAAAAAUCAGCUCUACUUAUAAAUUUAUUUAUUCACGAGGAAAAGUGAAAUAUGGCUGUCGAUAAUAAAAUCGAAAGUGAUCUUGAGGAACAAAGACGGCAUUCAGGAAAUUUGCAAAAGUGCAUUUUCCACGUGAAAUUAUGUAGGGAAAAUUUAUGAUUUUUUGCCGUCAGUGAAAUUUUUCCUCCUUCGUCGGGUACAUAAAACAAUUAAACAUGAUCGUUUAAUUGAAAGUUAAUUUUAUUCCUGCUCUUGGCUGGUUUUUAUUGCUAAUUGAAUUUUUUAUAGUUCACCAGAGGUCAUCAGCACGUUAAUAUUUUAGCUAAAAUCUGUGAUCUUAUGUUAAAGAUCACGGUUUGAUUGAUCUCCAAUAGUGAUCGCGGAAGAUCUCUCUCCCUUCGCUGCUUGCGAUAAUAAGUGGGCAGAUAAGGAAGUUUACUGGCUUGUCCCAGUUCCUACAAGAUCGCCCAAGAGUUUCCCGCCAAAAAUCCUCACCCCUUUUCUAAUCGAUCGCCUGAGCGUGACCACGAUGGAGUUCAAGAUCUUCGGCUCAGCCGAUGAAUGAAUGCAUGGCGGGGAGAUACCGUUACAUAAAGGUGACUCGCCGCCAAAGCCCGCAGUUGCUCAUCAGUGUCUCAUGAACUAAGGCCGAAAAUUCCACGCGCUGAAGAUGAUCAAGAGGAUUUUCAGUUCACUUCUCCUGGUGAUCUUCAUUCAAGUGAUCUGUUGUGACAAGAGUGGCAAGUCGGAAGACGUCUGGAAACAGGACCUGAGCGAUGCCUUCCAGAUCAAUCCCUCCACGCACGGGCUGGAGAAGGUGCACCUGAGGUGCGGCGCCAGCUCGAUGAUCGUGGAGCUGGAGACCGAGCAGGAGUUCACGGGCGUCAUGUACACACGUGGGAGUUUCUAUAAGCAAUCCGAACCGUGCUUCGCCAGGCCGCAGCCUGGCAGGAACACGAAGAAGCUCACUCUCAAAUUCCCUCUCGAUCAGUGCCAGACGAUCAAGGAUGGGGAGCUGUACAGCAACGUGGUGAUCGUGCAGCACGAGCCGGAUCUCGUGAUGCCCGGAGACGCGGCGUUCGCCGUGGAGUGUGACUUCAGGAAGUCGCGCGAUCUCACUGUAAACGCCGAGAUGCAGACAAAAGACAGUGAGGUAAUGGCCGGUGGAUCGAGGAUCACAUUGACCAGUCCAGAUCCAACCUAUCGACACGAUCACAGCAGUGUUGCCGACACGGUGUUCAAUCAAUCGCACCAAGUCACUUUCGUGCCAAACCACAUCGUCCCGGAGGAGAAGAAAGUGCGAGGAACUGUUGAGUCAGUCAAGCUUGAGCUCUAGUCAAGUCCAAACUCCAAAAAUAUGGGCCACCUAAUCGUAUAGGGACACCGUCAGUCCAUCCAGUUCACCGCUCGCCCCAUCGAUGAGUUUAGAGAGAGAUGAUCGUGUUUAGUGUUAAAAUGUGAUAAUUUAAGAGAUCAUUGAGAAGUGUUAUUUAUGAAAUGAGUAAAAGCAAUAUCAUCAGGAAUGAAAGUAA